CGCUUCUCUCUCUCUCUCGGCUUGCCGUUCCUCUUGGCUUCUAAUUCUCCAUCCCUCUCUCUCUCUCUCUCUCUCUCUUCUUUCUAAACCCUAACUUUGAGCACGAAGAAAGCCGGCAAUGGAGGUACCGGAGAACUGCCACGGCGGGUUCUGCGGUGCCGGGAACCCACAGUGCGCGCCGGAGAGGAAGGUCAGCGGGGGAGGAGCAGGAGGGGACCAGUUCGUCGUCGAGGACCUGCUCGACUUCUCCAACGAGGAGGAGGAGGAGGAGGAGGCGGAGGCACUCACCGGCAGCUCAACGGACUCCUCCACCGUCACCGCCGUGGACAGCUGCAGCAACUCCUCCUCGGGCCCUGAGCCGCAUCCCUCCAGCGACAUCGUCUGCCGGAGCUUCGCCGAUGCCAGCCUCUCCGGCGACCUCUGCGAACCGCAGUACGAAGAGCUUGCGGAGCUCGAGUGGCUGUCCAAUUUUGUCGAGGAAUCCUUCUCCAGCGAAGACCUCAACAAACUUCACCUCGUCUCCGGCGCCAAUUCCACCGCCUCCUCCACUACGGCCGCCGCUGCAUCAGGCCGCGCCGACCAGGUGGCCCCCUUGCGCGCCGAGGCGCCCGUCACCGGCAAGGCGCGGAGCAAGCGCUCCCGCGGCGCGCCCUGCAGCUGGUCCUCCCGACUGCUCGUGCUCUCCUCGUCCCCGGAGUCGGAGCUCAUCGUGCCCCCCGGCGCCGCCGCAGGCAAGAAGGCCGCGAGGAAGAAGGACCCACCCGCCGCCGCUGCCGCCGCGGCAGACGGGCGGAAGUGCCUCCACUGUCAGACCGACAAGACGCCGCAGUGGCGGACGGGGCCGAUGGGCCCCAAGACACUGUGCAACGCCUGCGGCGUCCGCUACAAGUCCGGCCGUCUCGUGCCGGAGUACCGCCCCGCGGCCAGCCCCACCUUCGUGGUCUCCAAGCACUCCAACUCCCACCGCAAAGUCCUCGAGCUCCGCCGCCAGAAGGAGCUCCAGCAACCGCAGAAGCAGCUCCUCCAGGCCGCCAGCAGCGGCGCUCUCUACGACGCACCGACGCCGGUGGCCGCCGCUAACUUCUUGAUCGACGGCCCCGAUACCCGACAUCUCAUCUGAUCUUGAUGUCUCAGAAGCAACUGAUCCCACUUCCGGGUGAAAUUAAUCCUCGUAGGUGUUAAGGUGGUGGAAUUUAGGCAUCUUUUUUGGUGGAUUUUCUUUCCCUAGGAAGAACUAAAUUGUAGCACGCGCAAUCCGCGCCGCCUUUUUCUUCUGUAAGCCAAAAAAAAAGGACUUUUUCUGAGUAAAAAUAGUCAGAAUUAACAUCAAAAGCAUUUAAUAUAUUAUUAGCCUCUUUCAA